AGUUUGGACACUUUUGGCCGAGUCCGGAUAACAUAGCUUGUAACACUUGAGACCUUCAAAAGGAAAGAAUAACAAGGGCAAACUGGUUUACAAAAUUAAUUUAGUUCCCACAGUUUCGGAUUCCUGAUUCUGUCAAAGAGGCCGGUUUCCGAGAAGAGCACCCUACUUGCCAAUGCAAACAUGAAAACACUUAACACCAUAAGGGAGGCCUUGUACUAAUCUGUACAAAUCUGUACAAUGAAGAUAUAAUCAGUGUCCUCUUUGUAUGUAGAACAUAAAUUCGGAACAAGUGCCAAACUUAGAAAAUGAGGCAGACAUGAAUUUAUUCUUUUAUUCCAUUCUGCCUCCACACACAAUCUUUACAAGGACUCUCUUGUAUGUAUCCAAUUCUGAGUUUCAGAUGCUCCAGUCAAUAGAAUCUCGAUUUAUACUCAAAGAAUAAUCUGAAACCGAGCACUAACAAUACUUGCUAGUAACUCAUUACAAUGAGGACUUCAUUAGUGGAUUCGUCCUAUCUAGUCCAGAAAAUUCGGCUUCAAAAUUUGCGAAUGAGAUUUCAAACUUUACCAGACAGGGAAUAUUCACGCGCAAAAAUGACUGGUGGAUUUAUCACAGAAUCUGGCAACUGUGGGGGUGUUUUAAGUAAUUAAAGAGCUGCACAAUUAAAUGAACAAUGCUUUCUCGAUCAUGGAAGGUAUUCGGCUUGAUGGCUAUAUUUUGUGGGGAAUAUAUAUCUUGCAAGUAGAAUUCAAGGGCCUUAUUAUCUUAUAUGUGCCUUUUGCUUUCUGACAAAGGACAAACCUUAAAGAUUAUUCCCAUGGAGCGCGGAGAAAAUAAGUAGUCCCAGAGAUGCUCUGCACAGGGUUUGGUAUUCUAUUCCACUUUUUAUAGGAUUCUAUCCAUUGCCUUAAAAGGACACACUUGAGCCCUGCUCUAGUUGUGAAUUCGUCGAGAGAUGAUACAUUAGAGCUCAUACAGGUUCUCUAGCAGAAUCAAAUUAUAUAGUUGAAUUUGAAGGUGAGAACCACAAUAGACAACAUGUAUCAUCAUCGACAACAGCAGCAUCAGACGAAUAAUCUGCAGCCUUGCUCAAGAAUGUUCAUGGCUCCAGAAAGACGUUUGUUCCUGCAAGGUGGGAAUGUAACAAGAGACUCGGGGCUCGUCCUUUCAACUGAUGCAAAACCUCGAUUGAAAUGGACCCCAGAUCUUCACGAACGCUUCAUAGAGGCAGUUAAUCAGCUCGGAGGAGCAGACAAGGCUACUCCAAAAUCGGUUUUAAAAUUAAUGGGAAUUCAAGGACUUACUUUGUACCACUUGAAGAGCCAUCUUCAGAAGUAUAGGCUAAGCAAGAACAUACAUGGGCAAGCAAAUACUGGAUCCAGCAAAGUUGCAGAAGACCUAACGCCAGAGGCAAACGAAAGCCACAUGUUAAAUUCAAGCAUCGGAACUCAUAACAAAAAUCCGCAUAUAAGUGAAGCAAUACAAAUGCAAAUUGAAGUGCAGAGGCAGCUACAUGAGCAGCUUGAGGUACAACGACACCUGCAACUCCGAAUAGAAGCUCAAGGGAAAUACCUGCAAGCAGUGUUGGAGAAAGCUCAAGAUACAAUUACAAAGCAGAAUUUAGGCGAAUUAGGACACGAGGCUACAAAGGCCCGACUAUCAGAACCCGUCUCUACAGCAUACAACAGAUGCUUAAAUUCGACGAAUCAUGUUCAAAGCUCCUGUGAGCAGCAAAAGCAAUCAAACCUAGAGGGCUCACUCGAUAGCUGCAUAACAUCUUCUGGAGGCUCACUACGAAACCAAGAUUUAAACAGCAAUGUUAUGCACUCGACAAAUUUGGUCUUUGCACCAAUGAAAAGCAGUAAAAUUGAUAAUGAUCCGAGAAAUCAAGCAUUUGAUGCUGAGCUACAGGCUAUUGAGUUGUCCAUGAAUAUUCAAAGAGGAAAAUGGUACGACGACAAGAGUUAUAAUCACGAAGGUCUCAAAGAAACGAACGAUGGUAUUGGCUAUACUGGUAAAAUUACGAAGAGAACAGAUUCAGGUAAACCAGAAAAUGAUGACACAAUGCAAGAGUCGCAGCUUGCCUGCUUCAUGCCAAAGUUGGACCUAAAUAUACAUGAUGAGAAUGAUGCUACUUUGAGAUGUAAGCAAUUUGACCUAAAUAGUUUUAACUGGUGAUUAGUAGCUUAACUUUUUUAAGUAGAAGAAAUGAGCAUUGUUAGCCAGAAACUAUCAGGUAGCUAACAUCGAAAAUGAUCUAAUAAGCUCGAAUGGAAUGUAUCAAUCGGAAGAGCGUCUUCUUAAACUCAAUUUGAGUAAGCUCCAAAGAAGUGAUGAAAAUCUUCCGUUUGUUCCAAUCAAUUUUUACUUGACAAUAAAAAAUAUACGAAAUAAAUAAUUAUUCAGAAAUAA